CCUUCUCUUCUCUCUCUAUCCAUUUCAGAUUAUCAAACUUCUUACAUCACAAUUCAAGCGUUCUUUCUUCACUAUCACUACCAACAAGAAUCAUCAAUCCACUGUUACCGGAUUAGUAGUUAUACAGAUCAUACUUCAUCGUUUCAAGAACAAUGAAUCCAGACAAAUUUACUCACAAGACAAACGAGAUCCUAGCCGGUGCUCAUGAUCUAGCAGUAAACGCAGGCCAUGUACAAUUCACGCCACUUCAUAUUGCUGUCGCAUUGAUUUCCGAUCACAACGGUGUUUUCCGACAAGCGAUUGUUAAUGCCGGUGGAAAUGAAGAUGCGGCGAAUUCAGUUGAGAGAGUUUUCAGUAAGGCUAUGAAGAAACUCCCAUCGCAGAAUCCACCGCCUGAUGAGAUACCGGCAAGCACUACUUUGAUUAAAGUGAUCAGGAGAGCACAAUCAUCGCAGAAGACUCAUGGCGAUACUCAUUUAGCUAUUGAUCAAUUGAUUCUCGGUCUUUUGGAAGAUUCUCAAAUUGUUGAUCUUCUAAAAGAAACUGGAAUUCCUUCGACCAAGGUUAAAUCUGAGGUUGAGAAGCUACGUGGAAAAGAAGGAACAAAAGUUGAGAGUGCUUCUGGAGAUACUAAUUUCCAGGCUCUUAAGACAUACGGUCGUGACCUAGUAGAACAGGCGGGAAAACUUGAUCCUGUUAUUGGUCGUGAUGAAGAGAUUCGAAGAGUUGUAAGGAUUCUGUCAAGAAGAACCAAGAACAAUCCAGUUCUUAUCGGUGAACCUGGCGUGGGUAAAACUGCAGUGGUUGAAGGAUUAGCUCAGAGAAUCGUUGGAGGAGAUGUCCCAAGCAAUCUUGCCGAUGUUAGGUUAAUCGCACUCGACAUGGGCGCUUUGAUUGCUGGAGCUAAGUAUAGAGGAGAAUUCGAAGAAAGAUUGAAAAGUGUUUUGAAGGAAGUCGAAGAUGCAGAUGGGAAAGUCAUUCUGUUUAUCGAUGAAAUCCAUCUUGUUCUUGGUGCUGGAAAAACUGAAGGUUCAAUGGAUGCAGCUAAUCUGUUAAAGCCAAUGUUAGCUAGAGGCCAAUUACGUUGCAUUGGUGCGACUACCCUUGAAGAGUACAGGAAAUAUGUUGAAAAAGAUGCUGCUUUCGAGAGAAGAUUCCAGCAGGUUUAUGUUGCUGAACCUAGUGUGCCUGAUACAAUCAGCAUUCUUCGUGGAUUGAAAGAGAGAUACGAAGGACAUCAUGGAGUAAGGAUCCUUGAUCGCGCCCUUGUUGUUGCUGCACAGUUAUCAGCUCGAUACAUCACAGGUCGGCAUCUUCCAGACAAGGCAAUUGAUUUGGUGGAUGAAGCUUGUGCGAACGUUAGGGUUCAACUAGACAGUCAACCAGAGGAAAUCGAUAACCUUCAAAGGAAGAGAAUUCAGCUGGAAGUCGAACUUCAUGCUCUUGAGAAGGAGAAAGACAAAGCUAGUAAAGCCAGGCUAGUUGAGGUUAAAAAAGAAUUGGAUGAUUUGAGGGACAAACUUCAGCCAUUAAUGAUGAAAUACAAGAAGGAGAAAGAAAGAAUCGAUGAACUUCGCAAACUCAAACAAAAAAGGGAAGAGCUGUUAAUAGCCAUACAGGAAGCUGAAAGGAGAUACGAUUUGGCUAGAGCUGCAGAUUUGAAAUACGGUGCAAUUCAAGAUGUCGAAGCUGCAAUAGCAAGGCUAGAAGGUGGAACCGAAGAGAAUCUAAUGCUAACCGAAACUGUCGGACAGGACCAAAUAGCUGAAGUUGUGGCUCGAUGGACUGGCAUACCUGUUACAAGGCUAGGCCAGAACGAUAAACAGAGGCUAAUUGGGCUUUCUGAUCGCCUCCAUCAACGUGUGGUGGGUCAAAAUCAAGCAGUUGAAGCCGUUUCCGAGGCUGUUUUAAGAUCUAGAGCCGGUUUAGGAAGAGCUCAACAGCCUACAGGCUCUUUCCUUUUCUUGGGUCCAACUGGUGUUGGGAAAACCGAACUAGCUAAAGCCUUGGCUGAACAACUGUUUGACGAUGAUAAACUCCUUGUCAGGAUCGACAUGUCUGAGUAUAUGGAGCAGCAUUCUGUUUCUCGUUUGAUUGGCGCCCCACCAGGGUACGUUGGACACGAGGAAGGUGGACAACUUACAGAGGCAGUGAGAAGGCGACCGUAUAGUGUAGUAUUGUUCGAUGAAGUCGAGAAGGCGCAUACCGCAGUUUUCAACACUCUUCUUCAAGUUUUGGAUGAUGGAAGAUUAACUGAUGGGCAAGGAAGAACAGUUGAUUUUACUAAUACAGUUGUUAUAAUGACUUCAAAUCUUGGAGCUGAAUAUCUUCUUCAAGGACUUGUUGGCAAGUGUACUCUAGAGAAGGCCCGUGAAAUGGUCAUGGCACAGGUGAGGAAACACUUCAAGCCAGAAUUGCUGAACCGUCUAGACGAGAUUGUAAUAUUUGAUCCACUUUCACACUCGGAACUAAGAAAAGUGGCUAGACUUCAAUUGAAGGAUGUUGCAGCUCGUUUAGCCGAGAGAGGAAUUGCAUUAGGUGCGACGGAGGCUGCAUUGGAUAUAAUACUUGAAGAGAGUUAUGAUCCGGUUUAUGGUGCGCGACCUAUUAGAAGAUGGCUGGAGAAACGAGUGGUGACCGAGCUUUCGAAGAUGUUGGUUCGAGAGGAAAUUGACGAGAACUCGACUGUUUAUAUCGAUGCUGGAGAUGGAAAGACAUUGUCUUUUAGGGUGGAGAAAAAUGGGGGACUUGUGAAUGCUUCGACUGGUGAGAAAUCGGAUAUUUUGAUUCAACUUCCGAAUGGGGUUCCGAAGAAUGAUGCUACACAAGCUGUGAAGAGGAUGAAAAUUGAGGAGAUUGAGGAUGAUGAGGAUGAUGAAGAUGCAAUGAUGACUUAAAUUGUUAAUGAUGUUUUGUUUUUGUUGUUUUUGUUGGGUCUUUGAAGUGUAAGUGUAGAUGUUAGUAACAUUUACACAAUAAUGUUUUUUUGGUUUCAUUUGUGUAAUAUCUUAGUUUGGAUUCUGUUUGUUUUUUUGGGAAAAUGGCAAUGUAUCAAAAGCUUACUUAAA